AUGAGCUCCGCGGUCGUUGAGCUCGUCGACUGGAUGCUGGACAUUGAGGCGCUGAAGCAGGAAGUAGGGGUCUUGACGCGUAUCCAGGAGAUGGUGGCGCACGUGUUGGCCUUGGCUGACGAUGCUGUGGCGUUGGAGGAUGAGCUUCCGAAGAGGAGGAAGAGGAAGCUUAGAGAAGCGAAGCGAACUUCGAUACAAAGUCUCGACCCCAAAGAUCAUGCUGGUACGGGCAUAGAAGAGGAGAAUCCUUGUGCUAUAGAUAACACAUCCCACGUGGCGUCUUCUCCGCAGGCAAACCCUCCGGCACCAGAUCCUCCGACCCUGACACCAGACGACCAAAUCCUAUCCCAUCUAACAUCCUUAGCCUGCCGCCCAACCUCGACCUCACUACCCCCAUCCCUAGGAACCUUCCACUGCGGCUCAACAACCACUCUCAGCCCAGACUCCUUCAGCUUCCGCCUCACACACACCUGCUUCACGCUAGGCUACCUCAUCCUCAGCAAAUCCCUCGACUCACCUCUCCCUCACGGAGAAGAACCGCGCAUCUUCAGCUCAACACUAAGAUACCGUAACAGGGACGAUAUCAUCACGAAAAUGAGGUGGCUCGUCGGACCAGGCCAACAUGAACUUCAGCAAGCCGCAGAAUUACCCAUGGGAGGGCGCUGGUACGGCGACGAAUUCAGCUCCGAGGACCUGUCGCCGGAGAACCUCGACCUCUUUGAGAAGACGGCGCUAGCGGAUGCUCGGCAGACGCGGUUCCUGAGCGUUGCUGGUGUUGAGAGGCAGCUUAUUGCGCUUGGUGCUCGGGUGGUGGAUAAGGAGACGCUGGAGCUGAGGAUGAGUGGGCCUUUGAAGUUGACUUCGGACGCGGGAAAGAAACGGUCUUUGGCGUCGGAGAGUUGGAGUUUUGUGGAUUGUUUCCCGCAGACGUUGCAGAGAAGGUCGAAGAAGACGUUUACGGUGCAGUUGAAUAUCACGCUGCUGAUUGCUAAUUUGUCGAGGUGUGCGGUGUGUCUCAUGAAAGGGCCAGGGUUCCCGAGGGAUAAACUGAACAGAGCGAUAGAAGAUUCUGUGGUCAUGGUCAAUAGUGGUUGA